CCUGGGCUGCUGCGGUCGGGGGGCAGGAGGUGGGGCGUCCUCACCUGGCUGCUCAUGGGCAUUCUGGAAGCCCGGGCCCCAGGUCCUCCUCAGGAGGCCGCUAACCCUGGCUUGGCUGUGACUCUGUGGGGGCAGGAGAGGCUGGCACUAGGUGUUCCUGCCUCCUCGGGGGUGGUUUUUUGUUUUUUUUCUCCCCAAUGUUUUUUUAGCCAUAGAUGGGCAUAACCUUGUAUCUUAUUUACUUAUUAUAUGUGGUGCUGGGGCCUCGCCCGUGCGAGACACGCGCCCCCCACUGCGCCGCAGCCCAGCCCCCUGGUGGUGGUUCAGUCUUCCUGAAAGGUGGGAGCCGUGGAAGCCACUGUUCCCAGGCCUGGCGGCGUGUGGAGUCCUGGAGGCCUGGUUCCCCCUUCUUCUCGCCUCUCCUUCCCCGAACAACUGACUGUGGACAUGCCAGACCUGCAGAAUGGCCUCGAGGACAUGCGGGGGCACCUGCGGGCACUUUCCACGUCUGGGGUCUGCUCUGCCCAUCUCUUGAGAUUCUGCGCGAGUGUGAUCUGAGCUGCAGCAGGAACGUGCUGCACGCGCCCCCAGGACCCUCCCUGAGACCCACCCUUUCUGGCAGGACGGUCCCUCGGCCUUUCAUUCCUGUCUUGAGAGCCGGGCCUGUUUUGUGGCAUUUGUCUUUCUGUCCCUGAGGACUCUGCUGGGGUUUCAAUAAGGCUGGUGUCCCCCGUUCCAGGUGACGGUGUCGUCUAAGGGAUGUUGUCACGUGGGUGGCUGCCUCUGAGGAGGCUGGCCAGGAAAACCCGCAGGAUCCAGACACAGCCUCCACUGAGUGCCCAGGGACAGUCGGCUGAGCCCGGCCACCCUCCUCGCUUGGUCUGUGUGUCACUGGCAGCGAGACCCACCCUUUGGCUCCAGGCUCCUGGGAGAGCUGAGGCCCCCGAUGGCUCUAGAGCACCUGUUCCCCAGCUCUGAAAGCCGCGGCAUCUGCCACCACAUGCUGUUGUGCUGCCCUGCUGCCCGCCACAGGGCCUCUGGAGUCCAGCAGAGGGGCUCUGUGCAGAGAGGCACACUUGCCCUCUGUGCUGGUGGGCUGUGGGGCGCUGCCCUCCCUGCACUUCCGCCCUUGCUGGGAGUUCCACAGGUGCCCCUCUGCCACCACGUCCCCUCAGGCUGGCAGUCCCUGCUUCUUGCUGCGCAUGUGCAGAGCUUCCUGUCUGACCCGGUGGGUCCCAGCCCUGCUUCCUUCUGUGCAUGUGCCGUGCUGGGGGUGGAACGCUGAUCUCAAGCGCUCAGCGGGUGCUAACCGCUCAGCCUGCAGUCCCCUGGUGGGGCUCCUUGGUGCCCGUGUGUGCCCCUGGGUGUGCCAGGCUUCCAAGCACUUGCCCACCUUCUGGCUCAUCCUGUACCUUCCCUGUCCCGGCACCCGCAUCGGCCACCUCUCCAAAGAGUCCGGGCUCCUCUGGUGGAGGAAGAAGUUUAGGAACAGGACAUGGAUGCCAGGAGACCCCCACGAGGGACAGUUCCACAGGAGUGGCAGUGUGCUCACGAGAGGCCCAUUCUGGGGGACAGGAGGACUCCCUGAGGACUUUCUGAACUCGUUGGAGAAGACUGAGGAUGAUAAGUUGAAGGUCACCCUCAAGUACCCCCACUACUUCCCACUCCUGAAGAAGUGCCAUGUGCCCGAGACCAGGAGGAAGGUGGAGGAGGCCUUCAACUGCCGCUGCAAGGAGGAGAACUGUGCCAUCCUCAAGGAGCUGGUGGCCCUGCGGGCACAGAAGUCCAGCCUGCUGGGGUUCCGCACACACGCCGACUACGUCCUGGAGAUGAACAUGGCCAAGACCAGCCAGGCCGUGGCCACCUUCCUAGACGAGCUGGCCCAGAAGCUGAAGCCCCUCGGGGAGCAGGAACGCGCCGUCAUCCUGGAGCUGAAGAAGGCCGAGUGCGCGAGGCGGGGCCUGGCGUUCGACGGGCGCAUCCACGCCUGGGACAUGCGCUACUACAUGAACCAGGUGGAGGAGACGCGCUUCCGCGUGGACCAGAACCUGCUCAAGGAGUACUUCCCCAUGCAGGUCGUCACCCGGGGGCUGCUGGGCAUCUACCAGGAGCUCCUGGGGCUCACCUUCCACCUGGAGGAGGGCGCCACCGUGUGGCACGARGACGUGCGGCUGUACUCCGUGCAGGACGCAGCCUCCGGGGAGGUGAUCGGCAAGUUCUACCUGGACCUCUACCCCAGGGAAGGAAAGUACGGGCACGCGGCCUGCUUCGGCCUGCAGCCAGGCUGCCUGCGGCAGGACGGGAGCCGCCAGAUCGCCAUUGCAGCCAUGGUGGCCAACUUCACCAAGCCCACCCCGGACGCCCCGUCCCUGCUGCAGCACGACGAGGUGGAGACCUACUUCCACGAGUUUGGGCACGUGAUGCACCAGCUCUGCUCACAGGCUGAGUUCGCCAUGUUCAGCGGGACCCACGUGGAGCGGGACUUCGUGGAGGCCCCGUCCCAGAUGCUGGAGAACUGGGUGUGGGAGAAGGAGCCCCUGCUGCGCAUGUCCCAGCACUACCGCACGGGCAGCGCCGUGCCCCAGGAGCUGCUGGACAAGCUCAUCACGUCCCGGCAGGCCAACACAGGCCUCUUCAACCUGCGCCAGAUCGUCCUCGCCAAGGUGGACCAGGCCCUGCACACGCAGACAGACGCAGACCCCGCCGAGGAGUAUGCCCGGCUCUGCCAGGAGAUCUUGGGGGUCCCUGCCACACCAGGGACCAACAUGCCUGCUACUUUCGGCCACCUGGCGGGGGGCUACGACGCCCAGUACUAUGGCUACCUGUGGAGUGAGGUAUACUCCAUGGACAUGUUCCACACGCGCUUCAAGCAGGAGGGCGUCCUGAACCGCAAGGUCGGCAUGGACUACAGAAGCACCAUCCUGAGGCCCGGUGGCUCCGAGGACGCCAGUGCCAUGCUGAAGCUCUUCCUGGGCCGCGACCCCAGGCAGGACGCCUUCCUCCUGAGCAAGGGACUGCAGGUGGAGGGCAGUGAGCCGCCCUCCUGCUGACACUGCCCACAGGAUCCACGUCCAGCCCAUGUUCCUGCCGCCCUGUGCCUUAGCCCCAGUCUGGGGUGGGCGGCCACCAGCACGGUGCUUUUUGAGGGUGGGCACACGGGGCAGUUUCUCCCUUGUCCUUGUCACGUCCGGGUCUCGGAUGUCCUGUUGUGGCCCCUUCUGGGCUGGAGCUGGUGUGCGAGCUGGCGCUUGAGUGCCCUCCCCGGCGAGGGCCUCGUCCUGUUGCACUAGGGUGUCCCUCCCAGGGCCGCCUUCGGUCUACGAGGUGGUUCUGAGAUGCAGCCAUUAAACAUGUCAAACAAAA